AUGGAGGAUUACGAUCCAGCCAUUGCCGCAGCCGAGCUGACUAAUCAGCUGGGCAAGGUUGGCGGCUUUCUAACCGUGCACUCGACCUCGGCCUUUGAUCGCGAAUUUUAUCACAAGGCCCUCCUCGCCUUUGAUAAGUUGGAUCCCAUUGUGGCUCAAAAGAUUCUUUUUACUCUGACCUUUUUGACCCAUGAAGAGUUGGAGACCGUGGCCCAAGAGGCCCGGGCCCUUUUGGACAAAGCAGAAGCCACCUCUGACUCACACAAGCUGGCUUGGCUGGCCAUUAUCGUCAAGUUGCUCCGUCCCCUCCUUGAUGAACAUCGUCUCGAAUGGCGCAUUCAAACUGGUACCUGCUCCAUUCCCGGUGCCGUGGACUCAAUCCUCAACACCGUCUCCGAUGCUCAGCAUUGUGCCAUGGUUCCCACCCAAAAACGUAUCAAACCCCUCAAACCCGAAGAGAAAAAGUAUUUUCUGGAACAAGGGCUCUUCCGCGUUGCCAAAGUUCCUGCACCAGAACCACUCAGUCGUCAAAUUCACUCCCGCAGCGCAACCAGCCGACCCGCCUCGGGCUCCAAACCCUUGGGUAGCAUGGCCUCACACCAAGCCGAUCGCAUGCGCAAACUGAGCAUACCACAACGCAUGUCUCAUUCACGAGGCCUAGCUGGACCUCGUCUGGGUGACUCUGGAGCUGGGCCUGGCACCAGCAGCUUUGGUAUGAGUGGUGCAGGUGGAGCCGGCAGCGUCGACCGCCUUAGCCGCCGUCAAAUGUUGCGCAAACAGUUUAUGCAACAGCCAGCUGACCCCGCUCCAGACAGCUCCAACGCCCCAACUACCCCAGGUGCCGAGCGCACUGCCACCAAACUCUUCUCCACCGAAGACUUUGCAGCUCUGGAGCGUGCUCAGCAAGAAGCCAAGGAGGCAGCCAAGCGUCGGCCCUCAGCCAAGCGUACGGCCAGUGGCUCAGCCAAGAGCGAAGCCAAGCAAGCUAAAACGACCGCGCCCGCUGCGGAAGCCAACUCGGAAACUGGAUCCGCCGUCACAGCCCCAUCGACGGUCACAGCCAACCCCAUGGCCAACCCCAUGGCCAACCCCAUGGCCAACCCCAUGCCUACGCCUUUGUUUGGACAAGCCGCGGAGGAGGAUGCGUCACAGGAGGUCGCAGCAUCACCACCGCAUGAUGAGCCAGAGCCUGUUGUUGAGGCUGAACCCGAGGCGGACGAGACUAGCAAGCCCGAGCCUGCGGCCACACCGAAGCGAGGCCGUGGUCGCGGUCGUGGUGGACGAGGUCGCGGCCGUGGUCGCGGCCGCGGUGGUCGCAAGGCUGCAGAGACAGAGGAGCCAGACCGUGAAGCUCACGCUGCCAUGACAAUGGCCCCCGCGACUGCGAUGCAUGCUGGCUACCCUGCGGCCAUGCACGGCAACGUGCCUGUUCCCUCCCUCUCAAGCGCGAGUGUGGCGGGAAUGCAGACUGCAUCCUCGAGCUACGGCACGGCGUCUAUGGCUGGGCCCACCCCAACUUCGGCUGUGCCUGGCCAGCCGACCGCGGCACCAUCUGGUAUGAAUAUGGGCAUGUAUAACCCAAGCAUGGCGGGCGGUAUGCCUGCUGGGCUCGACCCAAAUACCUACAACACGAUGAUGAUGGUCUAUCUGAGCCAAAUGCAACAGCAGCAGCGAUUGCAGCAGCAGCAGCAACAACAACAACAACACUCGGCACAGCUGCAUCAACAACAGCAGCCGGUGCACUCUCAGCAUCAAUCGCAGGUUCAGCAGAUGGGCCAACUCAACCCGCAAAUGGCCCGCCAAAUGGCCCAGCACAUGCCGCAAAUGACACCACAGAUGAUGCAGCAAAUGGGUCAACACUCUCAGAUCAAUCCGCAAGUAGCCCAACAGUAUCAAGCCCAGUUGGCGCAGCUUGCUCGCAUGAACCCGCAAGCAGCAACGCAAUAUGGUGCCCCUCAAGCCCAGCAAGCUCAGCCGGCCCAACAAGCUCAACUGACACCCCAAAUGCUCAUGAUGAUGGAAGCCAUGAAGCGCCAUCAACAGCAACAGCGGCAACAGCAACAUUAG